CCUGCUGGUUGCUAGGACUCGCGGUCGCGCAAGCGCUCUUAGGAAGGCCGCCGAGCUUGCCGGACCAGCUGUCGCUCGGCUCUAUGCGGCUUGCGCCAGCCGGUGGCUAGGAGUCACGAACACGGAGGCGCGCUGGGGACGCCCGCGGGGCAUUCCGAGUCGGCGAUGGCCCGCGGUCGCUUUGCCCUCCGCUGCUCGCGCCUGCCCGUUGCUAGGAGUCUGGGAUGAGUUGGAGUGCUAGGUAGGGGGCGCCUACCUUGCCGGACCAGCGAUCUCUCGGCCCUCCGCUGAUCGCGCCUACAGGUUGCUAGGAGCCCCGGACGCGUAGGCGCGCUGGGGUUGGCCGCGGAGCGUGUCGGACAAGCGAUCGCUCAGUCCCCGGCUACUCGCGCCUGCGGGUUGCUAGGAGUCCCGGACGCGUGGGCGCGCUGGGGUUGGCCGCGGGUUGUGCCGAGCCUGCGGUCGCUCGGUUCCCGGCUGCUCUCGCCUCCUGGUUGCUAGGAAUCGGCGUCGCUUGCCCGGCGGAGGGUACCUUUCUGUGGACGGUGACUUUCCGGGGUCGUACCGAGGGCUCAUUGCGCAGCGCGGCCUCCCGGGCCUGCGAGCGGCGAUGGAGCCCGGGAAGAGAAGAACCAAAGAUGAUACUUGGAAAACCGAUGACCUCAGAAAACACCUUUGGGCUGCACAGUCAGGAAGUCCCAAAGAAAACAAGAAGCACAGAGGAAAGAAGCCGCAUAAGGGGUCGGAAAUGGGCCUCCCAGAGCCCAUGGAGCCAAAGCACAGGGACCUGGACCCAGACACCAAGUGCAGAGAGACGGCAGCUGAGAGGGACAGUUACAGCUGCAGGGAAGGUCCUCAUGGAGAGAGAGACAGAGAGAAGCCACGGGAGAGGAGGAGGGACCGGGACGGAGAGAAGCUUCAUGACAGGUUCAGAGAACAGGAUGUGGACAAGUCUCAGAGUCGAGGGAAAGACAGGAACAAGGACCGAGAGCACCGGGCUCGCAGGGAGCAGCCCCGGCAGGCGACCGCACACCACAACCUGCUGGGCCCGGACGCACGCCAGCCAGUGGCUGACAGGUUGGAACACAGCAUGCGGACAGUAAGUAAAGUAAGAAUUGAAGAGAAGGAAUGGAGAGAUGAAGACUCUGAAAGAGGCGAUGAGGAGAGAGAGAGGCGAUACAGAGAAAGAAAGUUGCAGUAUGGUGACAGCAAAGAUAAUCCUCUUAAGUACUGGCUCUAUAAAGAAGAAGGUGAAAGAAGACACAGGAAGCCAAAAGAACCAGAUCGAGAAAAGAAACAUCGAGAAAAAAGCAGCACACGGGAAAAAAGAGAGAGAUAUUCAAAAGGAAAAAGUAAUUCGUUCUCCGACAAGGAAGGAGAAGAAAGACACAAAGAAAAACGACACAAAGAAGGCUCUCACUUUGAUGACGAGAGGCACCGAGGUAGCAUGGAGAAAAAGGACAGGUCGUCGAAGGAAGAGCACAGGAGAAGGGAACCCAAGGGUGGUGAACACAGAAAUCGAGGUGGAAGUUCAAAGAGAGACGGGACCAGCAGCCAGCACGCAGAGAUGUUAAUAAGGAAUGAUGGGAAAGACAGAGACUCGAGAAGGAAGCACGGGCAUGACGAGGACAGCUCCGCGUGGCAGCUGGCUCAGAGGCACGGACGGGAGGAGACUGCGGAAAUUGAAAAAGAAGACACUGACGUAGAAAAUGUUGGAGCCGAUGAAUACACAGCCAAUUUCGAAGAUGACUUUGAAGACUAUGAAGAUGACUUUGAGGUAUGUGAUGGAGAUGAGGAUGAUGGCACAAAUGAGCUGGAAUCAAGGGAAAAACUCGAAGAACUUCCUCCAGCCAGAAAAAAGGAGAUCCAGGAGAUCCAGAAAGCCAUUAACGCAGAGAACGAAAGGGUCGGCGACUUGUCUUCGAAGCUAUUUCAGAAGCACGGUCGGACGGAGCGUAAGAGGGACCCGGGGACAGAUACAAACAGUUCCUCUUCCAGAGCCUCCGUUUGCGGAAUUUUUGUGGAUUUUGCAACAGCUUCCCACCGUCAAAAGAGUCGGACUCAGGCCCUAAAGCAAAAGACGCGCAGCGCGAAGCUGCUUCGGCUCAUCGACUUGGACUUUUCGUUCACGUUCUCUCUCUUGGACCUGCCACCGGUAAAUGAAUAUGACAUGUACAUCAGAAACUUCGGGAAGAAGAACACCAAGCAGGCCUAUGUUCAGUAUAACGAAGAUAACGUCGAAAGAGACAUCCAGACGGAGGAGCUAGAGACCAGGGAAGUGUGGACCCAGCACCCAGGGGAAGGCCCGGCUGUGUCUGGUGGGAGAGAGGACAGAGAGGACACUGAUGCCGCGGUCGUGCCGAAGGUGGACACGCCCAGACUGUCCAGCUUUCUCCGGGCAGCCUGCCAGGUGGUUGCCGUUUUGCUUGAGGAGGACCAUGUGGCGGCACCCAGUUGGAGCCCCGGGGCCCCGGGCAGCAGCCUGCACUUCUGCGACAGCGCCACUCAGCUCAACACCAGCCUGCCGUUCCUGCAGCAUCGGAAAGUGUCCUGCCUGCAUGCCUCUCGGGUCCAGGGGCAGACAGUGGUGUCUGUGCACGGCCUGCCCGGGACGGCGCCCGCCUCCCUGCUGGACAGCAGAUAUGUGCUCUGCGUGUGGGACAUCUGGCAGCCCUCGGGGCCUCAGAAGAUCCUGGUCUGUGAAUCGGAGGUCACAUGUUGCUGCCUGAGCCCCUUCAAGGCCUUCCUGCUAUUUGCGGGGACCGCGCACGGCUCGGUUGUCGUGUGGGAUCUGAGGGAGGACUCCCGGCUCCAUCGCUACCUGAGGCUCAGCGACUGCUGCUGGACGUUCAGGAUGGCGACCUUCUCCACCGAUGGCGUCCUUACCCCGGUGAACCACCGCAGCCCUCUGCAGGCGGUGGAACCCGUGAGUCCAGGCGUGAAGUGCGCGCUCCCCGUUUACAGCCGUUUCUCUGUCUCACCAGAAAUGUCGGGUCUGUCGUUCCACGUCGCCUCCUUGGAUGAGAGCGGGGUUCUCAACGUGUGGGUGGUUGUUGAAUUACCAAAGGCAGAUAUUGCAGGUUCAAUAAGUGAUUUAGGGCUGCUGCCUGGAGGGAGGAUAAAGUUAGUGCACAGUGCUGUGAUUCACCUGAGUGACAGCCUUUCCCAUAAAGGUCAUGAACUUUGGGGGGCCAUACAAACCCUGAAUGUUAAAUUUCUGCCUUCGGACCCUAACCACUUUAUUGCUGGCACCAACAUGGGUCUUAUAAGCCAUGGCACCAGACAAGACUUGAGAGUGUCUCCCAAAUCGUUCAAACCCCAGCAACACAGUAUGAGACCAGUAAAAGUGAACGUGAUUGACUUUUCACCAUUUGGAGAGCCAAUAUUCUUGGCCGGCUGUUCUGAUGGGAGCCUCCGGCUGCACCAGCUGGCGUCCGACUACCCGCUCCUGCAGUGGAGUCACAGCACUGAGGGCCACGCCGUCACGGGCCUGCAGUGGUCCUUAACAAGGCCUGCCGUGUUCCUGGUCCAGGAUGACGCAUCCUGUGUUUAUAUUUGGGACCUCUUGGAAAGCAGUUUGGGUCCCGUGGCCAAGCAACUCAUCUCUCCAGACAAGCUGGUGGCCAUGGUGGUCGUGGGCGAACCGGAGAGGACCAGCGGCAGCUCCCUGGCCCUGGUGCUGGCCAGAGCGUCGGGCGGCGUGGACGUGCAGCAGCUGCGGAGGGAGUGGGUGGCGCCGGGGGCCGACGAGCGGGAGAGGCUGCGGCUGCUUCUGCAGGAAGCUCUUUAGGGGGCUGCGGGGCGGGGACUGCCCCACCGAGCUCAGGGAGCCCAUGUAGAUGGAACACGCAUUCUGCACAGAACCCAGCCGACUGGGGUGCCGCUCCCGUGCGCCCAGCAAAUAAAGCGCUGCCCUGUAGUGUCCCCCGAUCUUCAGAGGACAGUGUCACCCAUGUGCUCUGUUCUGAGACUACCGCUUAUGCUUAGAGCAGCCUCGAGUUGUCACAUGUAUUACCUGAUUUUACGCGAUCCACCACGAAAACGUGCAUUAGUGAGCGACUCUGGCGUGCAGAACGAUGGACACGUGACCUUUCCCAGAGCGGAGCUUCCUCUGCCGUUUGCCGCCGACGCCAGGGCGGCCGCUCCAGCGCCUGGCGCACACGUAGAUGCUGCGAUUUCCUUCCACACACGGCUGGCACCAUCCGCGCUCCUCCUGCGUGUUGGAGGCUGACCUGCCCCCGGGGAGAGCUGGUCUUCUUGCUCCAGGCCUGUCCCGUGAGCCAGCCCAGGCCACACGACGGACUCACUCCCACUGGAGAACAUGCGGGGCCCCAUCAGCUUCAGGGGUCGGCUCCCAAGUGUCCCCCGAGAGUGAGGGCUCUGACGCCCACACUGUGCCUUCAGCCACUGUGGUCUCUGCAGCCCGGGAGGACAUGGGCCCGCUGGAGGCUUCACUGAGGGUCCCCCCACGGGCCUCUGUGCAGAGGGACAUAACCUGUCUCCACAACUAACCGUAUUCAUUUCCCCACGUUUUUCUUCAUUUCUAAUGAAAACUUUAACCUGUAAAA